UUUUUAUUCGAAGAUAAAAAUCAUCAUCCUUAUGCUAUGGUUACAUUUGGUGGUGGACAUCGUGCUUGUUUGGGUCAAGAUUUGGCACAAUUCGAACUGAAAUUGAUGAUUGUUAGACUUAUGCAACGUGGUGUAUCAUUCGAAGAUACACCCGAAAAUAUUGGUGGAGGCAAACAACAUGUUACCUGUGCUCCGAGACAUUUAGUUGUGCGUGUAAGAAUCGAUCAUGAUUGA